CGGAAUCCUCAUCCUGGGCAUCUGCUUCUGCUGCAUCAGACGAUGCUUCCGAAAGCGCAGAAGCAAAGAUGCCAAAGGCAAAGGUGGCAAGGGCGUGGACAUGAAGUCGGUGCAGCUCUUGGGAAGUGCCUACAAAGAGAAGGUGCAGCCCGACAUGGAGGAGCUCACCGAGAACGCCGAGGACAUUGCCGAGGAGGGAGAGAGCAAGCAGUCGGAGCAGAAACUCGGCCGGCUCCAGUUCAAGCUGGAAUACGACUUUAACUCCAACAACCUGACGGUAACAGUGAUCCAGUGCGAGGAGUUGCCGGCCCUGGAUAUGGGGGGCACCUCCGACCCUUACGUCAAAGUCUACCUCCUGCCCGACAAGAAGAAGAAGUUCGAGACCAAGGUCCACAGGAAGACACUGAAUCCAGUUUUCAACGAGACGUUUACUUUCAAGGUCCCGUACGCCGACGCCAUGGGCAAGACUCUCGUGUUCGCCAUCUACGACUUCGACCGCUUCUCCAAGCACGACCAGAUCGGCGAGGUCAAGCUGCCGCUCUGUACCAUCGAUCUGGCGCAGACGAUCGAGGAGUGGCGCGAGCUGGUCAGCGUCGAGGGCGACGGCGGCCAGGAAAACAAGCUGGGAGACAUCUGUUUCUCGCUGCGGUAUGUCCCGACGGCCGGCAAGCUGACAGUGGUCAUCCUCGAAGCCAAGAACCUGAAGAAGAUGGACGUGGGUGGCCUAUCGGAUCCAUACGUGAAGAUAGCUUUAAUGCAGAACGGUAAACGCCUGAAGAAAAAGAAGACCAGCAUCAAGAAGUGCACCCUGAACCCCUACUAUAAUGAGUCGUUCACGUUCGAGGUUCCAUUCGAGCAGAUCCAGAAGGUGCAGCUGGUGGUGACCGUGGUCGACUACGACCGGAUCGGCACGUCCGAGCCGAUAGGCAAAUGUGUGCUGGGCUGCACGGCGUCGGGCACCGAGCUGCGCCACUGGUCCGACAUGCUGGCCUCGCCGCGCCGGCCCAUCGCCCAGUGGCACACCCUCAAGGACCCCGAGGACGGUGACAAGAAGGACUAAGGAGUGUUCCAGAAGCCCGCAGUGGCCGGCGCGCGCCGUCGCGUCUCGGAAGGCAAAGUUGGCGCGGCGGCGGCGCGCCAGUGCGCGUGCCGACCAGCCGUGGCCGGCGCGCGCCACGAAGCGGACGUGCUCGGGCCACUACUCACCUCUGCCCGUGACCAGAUAGCUCUAUGUUGGCGCUGCGGCGCUGGGUGGGAGCGCGCGUCGGCACCGGCGGCGGUGCCGCAGCGACCGCCUGGCCGGUGCAGUGUAGUCGAUGUCUGUGUGCGGCGGAGGCCGGGGGCGCUGCCGCCCGCCGCGUCGGCCGGUUUGGUCCCGUGGUGUCCGCAUCUAGACGCAAUCAGUUCGCAGAUAGCCGUGCCAAAGCCGCGGCGCGCGGGCGGGACGUGAGCGCCACCGAGCCGGGGGGCGCGAGCGCAGGUGUUUGUAACGGUCUGGUGAGCGGAUUCGAUGUUGUACCCCCGCGGCGAGCCCGGUCCGCCGCCGGCACCUCGCCACGCGCGCCCUCUGUCUCUGCCCUUCACUCCGGCCCUCUCCGCUCGCUCGUCCCUUGUCUGUCCAGUUGACUGGCGUUCACGGCCGCUCCCAUAUCACGGGCGCCACCGCGCCGGGAGCGCAGGGCCCGGUGGCGCUCACACCAGGGGCAGGCUUCGGGGUCGGCGGCCUCACUCCUCUACCAAACGGACCACCUGUUGAGUGGGUAUUCCGGGAGCAGGUUCGCAAGCUGAUUCCUUUUCGUGGGCCGAGUUGGGUCCUGAAGGGGAUGGCGGACACUGCAAGCGUAAGGCUAGACGUCACUGUGCGGUGCCGGCAGCUGGAGCGCCACCCAAAGCCUGUCCUCGGUGUGUAGCGUAUUGCAGGAGUAAUCACUCCAUGUGAGUCAGCUAUUGCCGUUUUCUAUUAUGUGAAGGCCUUUUAAAGAGUCUACCGUUCAUGUUACUGCUUGGUGGUAAAGUUACGGCGUGGUUAGAGUCGUGUGGAAAUCUGUUCGUUCACGCACUCCUUUGUUUAGUUAUUUGUUAGGUAUAUAUAUAUCAUUCCACUAACCCUGCUGUAAAUAUACCUUAGCGCGCAUGCAUAUACAUGAAUAUAUAUACAACUUUUUGUCAGGUGAGAUACUAAUCACUACCUAGAUACACUGUAAGUAAUGUGCAAAAUAAAGUGAGACGUUACGAAUGCA